AGUCUACUAACAGGAAUACAGAGUGAUGACCAAGUUCUAGUUGAACACGACCGUAGUCUUUUAAAAUCCAAUAGAUAUGCGUCCAAAUACACUCAUCAAUUUUUUUAACAAAAUUAUUUGCAAAAGAAAAUAAUUCUGUGUUCAAGUCUGUAAUGGAUGAUCUGGCCGAGUCUACUACUCUUCUUCCUCCUUUGCUAGCUGAUGUUCAUGAUAUGGACCUCGAAGCAGGUUCUUCGGUACAUAUUCUCUGUCGAAUUUGCCUUGAGAGUCAAGGCGAGGAUUUGAUUGCUCCUUGCAAGUGCAAAGGGACUUCAAAGUAUGUUCACCGCGAUUGUCUUGAUCAUUGGCGUGCUGUGAAGGAAGGAUUUGCAUUUGCUCAUUGUACAACGUGCAAGAGUCCGUAUCGUUUGAGACUUAAUGUUCUUGCUGAUAGGAAAUGGAGGACCUUGAAAUUCCGAUUCUUUGUUACCAGAGACAUUUUGUUUAUCUUUCUCUCUGUUCAACUUGUGAUUUCUUCGUUGGCAUAUUUGGUGUACGUAGUCGAUGGAUACCAGAAGUUCUGGCUCCGUCUUGAGUGGGGAUCUGAAAGUGCAGCUAGUUUCUACUACACAUGUGGAGCCCUAUUGUUUUUCGCACUUGUGGGACUGUCUGGAUGCUUGAUAACCUGGUAUGAUCCAAGUGUGCAGGAUGAUCUGGCUCAACCAUGCAAGGAAUUAUGCCUUUGUUGCUGCCAGAGCGGGAUCUGUGCGGAGUCUGUAAACUGCCAUUUGCCAGGUCCCCUUUGUACAGGAACUGAGUCUGGCUGUACUACAUGCUUCGAAAGUGAAUGUGAUUGCGCGAGUGGUGGUGGUGGUGAAUCUGGGUUACCAUUAGUAUUGACAAUGGCUUUGAUUGUGCUGGUAGUGUUUGCAGUGAUAGGCAUAUUCUACAGCGUAUUGGUGGCUACAAUGGUUGCGCAAAGAAUCUGGCAGCGACAUUACCAUAUACUGGCAAAAAUGUCCCUAACGAAAGAAUACAUAGUUGAAGAUGUUGACGAUGAAAUGGGAGGAUCUCCGCCAGCUCUCCCACCCGAGCAUGUUCAACAACUGGAAACACUAGGUCUUCUGUGAAAUUGGUGAAUGUCUGCUUGUGGAGAGGAUGGGAAAAAGUUU